CCAGUCCGGAUGUUCCCCAGUAGCGGACUAACGAGCAGCACUGUGUGAAUGUGGCAAUCGAGGUAGGCAGGGAGGGGUAGAUUUUAUGACCACACCGGUCAAUUGCCCCCCCUUGCCCUCUCUCCAAUAUAUAUAUACAUAUUUUUUUCAUGUCUUAACAUAGUGUUUUCUUUUUUAAAUCACGCCACGGCGGUGUUUGGACAGCAGGAAAGCCGGCGACGGCUUUAUUUUUGGGACUAACGGCUGUCGUAAAAACAGUCAAGAAGAAAGAAGGAAAGGAGGAAACAACAUGGGGCGAUAAUACGAAAAUGUGUUGACCGACGAUGACUCCGUGGGAAGACCCGUGAAGCUUAUUUAUUUUUAUUUAUUCCCCCUUUCCCCCCUCAUUUGUUCUCUUUACAUACAAAAAAAACAUAUCUACCCCCCUUGCUAGUUUGGGGAUUUUUGAAAACGCUACAAGAGGAUUGAAGGAUGGAGCAAGCCGGCAUCCUGAGAAAGUUUAUCCAAGGGGUGAAGGCCAUGAGUGAAGGGGACAAGGAGAGGGGAGAGGACAACUUUGGUAGUGACUUUAUGCGGUUGCGGCGGCUAUCAACCAAGUACCGAACAGAGAAGAUUUACCCCACCAAUGUUGGCGAGAGGGAGGAAAAUGUCAAGAAGAACAGAUACAAAGAUAUACUGCCUUUUGAUCACAGUCGGGUGAAACUUUCGUUCAAAACAACCAAUCAGGACACAGAUUAUAUCAAUGCAAACUUCAUCAAGGGUAUGGACGGCCCAAAGGCCUACAUUGCAACUCAGGGUCCACUGCCAAACACCGUCAUUGAUUUCUGGAGGAUGAACUGGGAGUACAAUGUGGCUGUUAUCGUCAUGGCCUGUCGAGAAUUUGAGAUGGGAAGGAAAAAGUGUGAGCGGUAUUUCCCGCUGCCGGGGGAGGAGGCGAUGAGUUUUGGCCCUUUUAGAAUUUCCUGUGAAUUGGAACAGGCCAGAACAGACUACUUCAUCAGGACCUUAGCCCUGCAGUAUGAAAAUGAAACUAGAAGAAUAACUCAGUUCCAUUACAUGAACUGGCCCGAUCAUGACGUUCCCUCAUCAUUCGACUCCAUACUGGAUAUGAUCGGACUAAUGAGAGAAUAUCAGGACAACGAUGAAGUCCCUAUAUGUGUGCACUGCAGUGCAGGCUGUGGGAGGACGGGGGCUAUCUGUGCUAUUGACUAUACCUGGAACCUCCUCAAAGCUGGGAAAAUUCCUGAGGACUUCAACAUUUUUCGGUUGAUCCAAGAGAUGAGGACGCAGCGGCACUCUGCUGUUCAAACGAAGGAGCAGUACGAGUUAGUUCACAGAGCGAUCGCGCAGCUCUUUGAAAAACAACUUCAUCUACUGGAGAGCCCCACCAACACGCAGAUUCAAGAUGGCAUGGAUGAGGGCAGUCCUGUCAAGGCCAGCCAGCACUCAGAUGAGGAAAGAUGGGACGCGCCGCCUCCCAAACCUCCCCGCGUGCGCUGUUUCCAGGUUGAGGGCGAUGUAAAAGAAGAGAUCCUCCAGCCUCCUGAGCCUCACCCAGUCCCCCCGAUCCUCACCCCGUCUCCUCCGUCAGCUUUCCCCACGGUCACCAACGUACGUCAGGACAAUGAUCGCUACCACCCUAAACCGGUCAUGCAUGUCCUACAGUCCAACGUCACACAGAAUAAAGACAAAGAUGGGCUUCAGAACAAAUCUGACCCAGUCAAACAGACCAGUCCCUCAGAGCAGAAAGAUGUAUUAAGCCGAAACCAACAAACUCAGGUCUCAAAUGUAGACCUCAAUGACAACUACAACAACAAGUUCUCCUCCACGUCUACAAAGCCAGAAUUUGGUCAAAGCCAGACUCAGGCGCCGUCCUCACCCCUCUCCCCGGUCAUUGAAUGUCCCGGCAUUCCUCGGAUCGAGAGGAAGCUCAGCAUUGAGAUUAAAAAGGUGCCGCUGCAGGAAGGACCUCGGAGCUUUGACACGUCUUCUUCUGUCGGAGGAGCAGGCGGACAGGGAGCCAGCUCCUGCAGCAGCGGCUGCAUGCUGCAAAGAGGCCAGGCCUUCAAGUCUCGCUCCACUCAGUCCCUACUGACGUCGAGCUCCUCCCUGUCGGAGGAUUCGGGCACAGAAGGAGGAGCGCUUGGAUGUUUGGAGAGUCACACCGAGGGAAGCGCUUUACCCAGGCCAAACCACCUCCCUGUGAAGAGCGGAGAUAAGGUGGAGCCGCGCGAAUGCAGCAGAGCGGACGUGAAAACCGGACACGCGUCGUGGACGGAGCCCUGCAACAGCCCCGAGAAACUAUUCCCUAAAACCUCUUCUUCCUCUUCCUCUUCAGACCGAGUUGCUCCCUCUUCGUCCUCCUCCUCCCACCUCUCCUCUUCCUCUUCCUCCUCUUCUUCGUCCACCCCUGUUAGGACUGCCAUAAGUUUCACCAACCCCUUACAUUCGGAUAACUCGGAGGAGGAUGGGAACGAAGUGAUGUCCUGUGAAAAGGAGGCUCUUCAUACAAGCGUAUCCAUGGUGACCACCGUGGUGUCCUCGUCGCUUCUUCAACCAGUCAGAAAGGCGUUGCCUGUCUCUAUCGUGGGCCACAGCAUUUCAUCGCCCACUGCAGCCACUGCAAACUGCUGGGACAGCGACGACUCCCCUCCCCCCCUCCCUGAGAGGACCCCCGAGUCCUUCUUACUGGCCACAGACCCAGAUGACCUAAGAACCUCCGCCUCGGCUGAAUGGAGCAGUAACCUGAAAGAUUUGUCCAAUUGUGUUAUGACAUCUCCAGCUGACCCUGCAUCUGCUGCCAACACGGCAACUGAAAGCCAAGCUGGCUUGGGGGGGGUCCGGUAACCACGGCGGUCAGCCCAAAGGCUCUGGACAGCCACCGCUGGAGAGGACGUGAUGGAGACAUGCACCAACAGUGUCCUCCCUUAUCUGGAGAGGAACUCUAUGAGUCUCACCUGGCUUGUCCAAAAACUUAAUGGCUCCACGCCACAGACUGACGGCUCCCUUUCAUCCAGGAGGUGCUUCUGUGUACAACCCCCCCGCUAAUACCCUCCUCCUUUCCAAGAGCCGCUGUGUAACUCAGAAGAACAGCUCCUGGUUGAGAGUCCAAACUAAAAAAGAACUUUCUGUUAAGUGGUUGGACUUCUUGAAGCCAACCGGGGGUCAGUCUCUUGAUGGUUUAAGGAUAAUCUUUUAUGGAUUGAUAGUAGACUAACAAAGGGCCUUGUUGUUCUUUUUGACACUUCAUGAAAAAACAAAAAAAUCCUCCCUUUUUUACACUAAAGAGGGAUUUGAGUGUUUCUUACACUUUGUUUUAAACCAAAUAAAGUUUUGAUCAGGAGAAAGCUACUGUGGGAGGCAGACUCCUGAGGUUUCACAAAACGUAGAGGUUGUUUCUCUACCUCACAUGGAACGAACAACAAUCUUUUAAAGCGAGCUUAGAUAAUCUGUUACCCAUGAUGCAACUUUUCCUGUUGAGUAUGUGGAGGUUUCCAGGGAGCUCUGUGCAUCUUUGUAUUUCAGUCUUUUUCCGGUGCUACACUGCAAUAGAUCAGAAAUGAAAACGCAGCGGCGUUUACCUGCUCCUCGCCGCUGCGCUGCUUUUCGUGUUAGCGGUCAUAACACCGGCUCUGUUGUCGGAGUCGGAAGCCAACGUGGCUUUCUUCACUGCUGAGGUAGAUUUCGUGCUAAACAUGUGGUUCCAGUCGUUGAUUGUUUGAUUAUUUUGAUAGAAGCUAACUGGGUGUAGCUUUAAACAUUCUGAGCAGUCGUGAAUCUCAGAAGGUAAGCAAAUAUGCAUUCAUGCUGCUGAAAUAUCCUGUGAGUCUGUGAUUUAGCUAAAAGCAGGAAGUGGAGCUGAGAUUUUUAGAAACGGUAGGAAGCAGCUCAAAGUGUGCUGCUCCUUCCUUUUUCUUUUUUCUUUUUUUUUUUUUAAGAUUUAAAGAAAUAAUAAAAUUAACGCAAUUUAUCUCGUCUCCAUCCAUCUGAUCUUUCUAUAAUCUGUUGGGAAGAGCAAAGAGUUUCCAGUCCCCAGUUUUAUCACAUCAAAGGUAAAAUUGCAUUAAGCACAUCAGUAAUGGGCAAACUCAUUAGCUCUAUGACUCUGGCUCUCACUGCUGGGACCCUGAGUCUGCCUUAAUCCACCUCCCAGAGAAGACUGUCCUCCCUUCGUCUCCUCUACGUUUCUGCAUUCUUUUAUUUUCCCUAUUUUGCGCGUCUGCUUUUGAUUUUCUCGCUUUUCGGUAAUCGACAAAGAAAGUCCUAGCUUUUUACAAUAAACCUCAGUGUUUCAGAGUUUGAAUGUUACACCUGGAACCCUUGAAAGUCUGGACAUGACAGAUGGAAAUGAAACACAUCAGAUUUUUCAUUUUUUCUCACACUGGUUGAUCUUGACCUGCUUUAAACGUGUGUGGGGCAACAAUCCAACAGGGACCCAGAACUACUGUUUUCUCUUUCUUUCUUUUAACAUAUCUCUCAUUAGCUACCAUGACUUACAGUUUAUAAAGAGAAAGCACUGUACAGGGCAGUUUAGGCUUAUAGUAUUACCAUUUUUUUAAACUAUCUCAUAAUUAUUCCUAAUAACAGAAGAUGUAAGAAAGUCGAUACCUGAUGUUGAUUCUUCUCUCCCUUAAAUGUAAAUUAUUCUGCCACCCUCUUGUUUUUGCAUCUGGCAAAUAUUUCAGGGGUUGUUUUUAAUUUUUUAUGUUCAAACUAUAUGCUUAACAGAUUGAUAAAAUGUUGUUUUAAAUGGUUGGUGGGGGAAAAAAAGCAUACACUGCCAGCCGGCCACUUUCUUUGAUGACUAUGAUGGGCAAUGAGUAAGAUUGUAAUAAUAAUAUUAAUGGUGAUGAUAAUAAUAUGGUCUUUUUUUCUUUGUAAAUUGUACUUUAAAGGUUAUUUUUGUAUACAUGGUUGUUUGUUCGCAUCACAGAGCCACUGAACACCCUCCUUCCCAAACCCUCUCUGUUUUAUUUUUUAUCAUAUUUACUCAUUAUAAUUUCUUUCAUCCUCUCCUACUUCAGCACUAGUCAUCUUAGACCAGAGCCCACUGUGCCUUUAAGAGAAACGCCUCCAUCCACCUUUUCGCUGUCCUCCAAUCAUCAUUAGUGGCAUGAGCACCUGAUUCACUGCUGCUUGCUCAUCACCUCCUGUGGGACUUUUUCUGGUUUUUUUUUCUCCUCCUCCUUUUUCCUGCCACACAAACUCACAAACACAUGCAAAAUGUUUGCAUGUUGCAGAAAUCAAUCAGUAAAAAUUACCAUAAAGUGAAAA